AUGGCUAUGGAGUCGAGUGUGCUUUACGAUGCUCUAGUAUCUUUUGCGUCGGGACAUUUAUCACUCUCGAAUGAGUCAUAUAAGGUCUCAGCCUUGAAAGCACACUCGACAGCAAUCACCAACCUCGCCACGGCGCUCAAUCAGCCGCAGCACGAAAGCGCUUGGUACGAGACCAAAGCUGCAACCUGCUUGGCCUUGAUGAUUGGCGAGGUGUGUGUGGGAGACAACGACGGAUGGUGUGCCCACCUCAACGGCGCCAAGCACAUUAUUGAAUCGGCCGUGACGAAGUCGAGCGCAGGGGUGACUCUACGUGGUCCGGAAGUCUUCAAGAGGAGCUCCGAGGGCCAGUGGAUUCUUCGAAACUUUGCCUAUCACGACAUGAUUGGCAGCAUUACGAUGCGAAGACGACCCUUGCUGGAUUGCGGCUAUCUGGACGGCAUCACAGACGUCGUCGAUACAUAUAUUGGUGUUGCCAUGGAUCUUCUGCGCCAUGUCGCGACGUUGAGGAGCAUCGACGAAGAGACUAGGCUCGAUAGUGGCAUGGAAGCAGAGGAAAUUACGAGGAGAACGGAGCUUUUUCACGCCACCUGCGAAGAAGUCGAACAAGAGCUGCAGGAGUGGCGGUGCACGCCAGACGCGGCUCCAGAACUGGCUGCUCUGGCGCAUGCGUUUCGAAGCGCAGUCUUGAUAGUUCUGUUCCGACUGAUCAGGGAUCGGCUGAGCUGGGAGGAAGGGUCUACUCAAGACGAAAGCUUUAGUGCAACACGAUGGGGCAUGCUGCCGACAAAGAUACGGACGCAGGUCUCUAAUAUCCUCCGGCACGUAUCCGAUAUUCCGGUUGGAUCCCACACCGAGUCGGCAAUUCUCUUUCCUCUCUUCCUUGCUGGUGGCGAGGCCACUGAAGACGAACAUAUGGAUGCUGUCCGUGUUCGAUUGCAAAUGACGUUGCAGAAACGGCGAUUCCAGAAUAUUUCUCGCUCUCUGAUGAUAUUGGAAGAAGUAUGGCAAAGGAAGGGUUCGGGUUUGAUUGAGAAACCAGAUUGGACCGACAUUUUAGACGAGACUGGGGAGCACCUUUUGUUGACUUAG